CUCCAGGGCUCGGGAGCUUACUCCUUCUCUGCCUCCUGCGCUGCUCUUCACUCCGGCACCGCACCGGCACCAGUAGUAGCCAGCAGGGAGCCCCAGCAGCCAGCAGGGAGCCUCAGCAGCCGGCAGGGAGCUAUGGGAAGCUGGUGGUCACAACAGAACUCCAUUCCUGCUGAGAACCUGGAAAUGUAUAUCCAGCUCUUUCUACAGCCCCAGGGAGACUGUCAGAAGCUGAUCGACCAUGCCGUGAACACCAUCUGCGCAGUCUUGCAGGAUGCCAAAGACUUCCCCCUGGUAAAGGAUGUGGCCAAAGGUGGCUCCUAUGGCCGGGAAACUGUCCUCAGAGGCACAUCCGAUGGUACUCUCGUCAUCUACCUCAGUGAAUUCAAACAAUUUUUGGAUCAGAAGACAAGCGAACGUGAAAUAAUCCUCAAAGAAAUCUGGAAGCGCCUAGAAGCCUCACAGCACUUAAAGGAAAUGGCAGCCAAGUUGGAGGUCCAGCAGUCCCAAGGCCAGCUCAUACUCUGGCUGUCCACAAAGGGGCAAAGCAUCAUCUUUGAGGUACUGCCUGCCUUCAACGCCCUGGGCUUUAGUAAGAAGCCCAGCCCCGAGAUCUAUCGAGAACUCAAAAGAGUCUCAGAUGCGACAGCAGCUUCUCCCGGUGAGUUCUCAACCUGCUUCAUGAAGCUCCAGCAGAAGUUUUUUAACGACCGUCCCAGAAAACUGAAGGAUUUGAUCCUCUUGGUAAAGUACUGGUAUCAACAGUGCCGAAAAGAGCUGGAGAAGUCAACCCAGCUGCCUGUAUAUGCUCUGGAGCUGCUUACGGUUUAUGCCUGGGAACAGGGGUGUGGACAACACAACUUUGAUAUAGCUGAAGGCAUCAGAACUGUUCUGGGGCUGAUCAAGCAGUAUAAGCAUUUGUGUGUCUACUGGACAGCCUACUACAACUUUGAGGACGAGACCAUCAGGAACAUCCUGCAGUCCCAGCUCCGGGCGUCGAGGCCAGUCAUCUUGGAUCCAACUGACCCAAUGAAUAAUGUGAGCCGAGAUAAAAAUGAGUGCUGGGAACUGCUAAACCUAAAAGCUCGAGAAUGGUUGUCUUCUCUCAGCCUGAAUGACAGCUCACCUGGACCAUCCUGGAAUAUUCUGCCAGCACCACUCUAUGCAACUCCAGGCCAUCUUCUAGAUAAAUUCAUCCACGACUUUCUCCAGCCCAGCAAAAAUUUCCUUGAUCAGACCAACAAAGCUGUUGACAUCAUCUGUAGAUUCCUUAGAGAAAAGUGCUUUCAACAUUCAGAAGACCAGAAGAUCAAGAUUCAGAAGAUUGUCAGGGGGGGGUCAACCGCCAAAGGCACAGCACUGAAGAGUGGCUCUGACGCCGACCUCAUCCUUUUCCCUAACUUGCUUAAAAGCUUUCCCUCCCAAAAACACAACCGAAGUGAAAUCAUCAAGGAAAUCCAUAAGCAGCUGGAAGCCUGUCAGCAGGAGGAGAAGUUUAAAGUGAAGGUUGAGAUUGCCAAAUGGAAGUCUCCCAGGGCGCUCAGCUUCUCUCUGAAAUCCAAAGAGUUCAAUGCAGAGCUGGAGGAAAGUGUCGAGUUUGAUGUGCUACCCGCCUUCAAUGUACUGGGUCAAUGGGGCUCUGUCUCUCCCCCCAGCCCCAGCAUCUAUGCUGAGCUCAUCCAACAGUACGAGUCUGGGGACUACAUUGAGGGAGAGUUUUCCUCCUGUUUCACGGAGCUGCAGCGGGAUUUCAUCAUCUCCCGUCCCACCAAGCUGAAGAGCUUAAUUCGCCUGGUGAAGUACUGGUACAAACAGGCACGAUGUCCUUCUCCAGGGGUUGAUUCCUCCUGACAACAUGUCCAAAGUAUGCGACCCAUAGUCUCGCCAUCCUUGCUUCCGAGGAGCAUUUUGGUUGUACUUCUUCCAAGACAGAUUUGUUCGUUCUUUUGGCAGUCCGUGGUAUAUUCAAUAUUCUUCUCCAACACCACAAUUCAAAGGCGUCAGUUCUUCUUCGGUCUUCUUUAUUCAUCGUCCAUCUUUCACAUGCAUAAGAGGUGAUUGAAAACGCCAAGGCUUAGGUCAGGUACGCCUUAGUCUUCAAGGUGACAUCUUUGUAUUUCAACACUUUAAAGAGGUCUUUUGCAGCAGAUUUGCCCCAUGCGCCUUUUGAUUUCUUGACUGCUGCUUCCAUGGCUGUUGAUUAUGGAUUCAAGUAAAACGAAACCUUGACAACUUCAACCUUUCCCCUUUUUAUUACUAACCCUAUUAAACUGAGCCAGGCAUAGAGCACCUUUUGCCAUCAGGGCUGUCGCUGCUGCUGCUGUUGUUGUUAGCUGUCGUCGACUUGGCCCCGACUCAUCGUAACUCCAUACACAGCAGAACAGAAUGCCGCCUGAUGCUGUGCCAUCCCCAUGAUUGAUUGCAGACCGGACAAUGUACUAUUGGGAUCCAUAGGGUUUUCAUUGGCUGAUUUUUGGGAGUAGAUUGCCAGGCCUUUCUUCCCAGUCCAUCUUAGUCUGGAAGCUCUGCUGAAACCUGUUCAGCAUCAUAGCAACGCACAAGCCUCCACUGACAGACAGGCGGUGUCCGCACACAGGUGCACUGGCCGGGAAUCAAACUCGGGGUCUCCUGCAUGGAAGCUGAGGAUUCUACCCUUGACCCACCACUGCCUCAUAUAGAGGCUCCAACAGUGGUUUCUUUCGCCCCUGCAUGUACCAAACAAUUGUGCAGGAAUUCAAGUGUCUGACCUGUGUGUAUGGAAGGGAAGUUGAGGUUCACAAGCCUGCAGGUCAUUGGUGUGGUUUACCGUGACUCAGUGCCCAUAGGUAAUAGACACGGAUGCCAUCUCUGGGAAGGCAGGUUGAGCUACCGGCUGGAAACAGGGCCGCUUUCUUCGGUGUUGGUUAACCUCCUUCACCUGCACCAGCUGGCCUGCAUACAGAGGGGUUCGGAGUAUUUUCACGGGAGCAGACAUCAAGCACAAUAUCAGCUCUUUGCUGAGCUCUCUCCUGUCUGCCUCCAGCUCCGGGAGGCCGGAGAUGGAGACUGAGCUCUGUGGUUUCUCUCCUUGAAAAGCUGGAAGAGGCCGGGUGUGACAGCUCAGAGGGCUCAGGGCCACCGUGUGCCCUUGUGCCACCCAUAUCACUUCCUUGAGCCUCUUCCCUUCAGCUGGAAUGGAGAGCCCAAUGUCUGCUCUGCAAGGUUGCAUUAGGGGUGAUGGUGGUUAAAGGCGCCUUAAUUCGCACACGGUGGGCUGUUCUUUUUUAAAUAUAAUUUAUUUUACUUUUGUUGUUGCCAUUGAGAAUAUACACAGCAGAACAUACAAAUUCAACACUUUCCCCAUCUACAAUUCUGUGACAUCGAUUACAUCCUCCGAGUCUUGCGGCUAUUCUUACCCUCCUUUUCCAAGUUGUUCCUCCCCCAUUGACACAAAUGCACUGUUCCCUGAGGUUCUUAUCGAAUCUUUCGAGUUGCUGUUGUCAAUUUGAUUCCAUGUAGAUAGAUCUUCAGAGAGUUCAGUAUUCAAGGCAGACAUUCUUUACUAGUUAAGUGAAACUAUCGUUUGGUUUUAAGAAGACUUCAGGGGAUAUGUUUGGCUUGUUUAAAAAUUAUCUCAGGGCAAUAGUUUCAGGGGUUUAUCCAGCCUCCAUGGAUCCAGAAAGUCUGGAUUCCACGAGAAUUUCAAUCUGUUCUGCAUUUUGCCCUUACACAGUGGGUUUCUAGUAAAUUGAAGGAUAUUAUUUCCCUAGGAAGACAUCUAUGACCAAAAGCACAACAAAGAAACCUGUAUGUGCUGCCUUUUUUCUUUUUUCUUUUUUACAGUUGCUGUCGAGUUGAUUACAACUCAUGGUGACUCCAUGUGUGUCAGAGUAGAACCAUGCUCCACAGGGUUUUCAUAAGUGGGUCACCAGGCCUUUCUUCCAAGGUGCCUCUGGGUGGAUUUGAAACUCCAGCCUUUGGAUUAGAAGCCCAGCACAUUAACUAUUUGCACCACCCAGGGACUCCUUUUGCUGCCUGUUGUUGCGUACUUUCGAUUCAAUUCUGACUUAUAACCACCCUACAGGACAGAGUAGAACUCCUCCAUAGGGUUUCCUAGGCUGUAAUCUUUAUGGGAGUGGAUUGCCAGGUCUUUUCUCCUGCGGAGCCACUGGUGGGCUCAAACCACCAACCUUUCGGUUAGCAGCCAAGCGCUUAACCAUUGUGCCACCAGGGACUCCAUGCACUGCCUACCAGCUCCUAAAUGAACACCUGCAAAUCUACACUGCAUCUGGGAACACCAGCUCUCCAUCUUGUGACUCAGUUUCCCUGAUGUGUCCCUGGCCAUCCUUAACAUGCAGUUGUCUGAUGUCCCCACCCUCC